AUGGCCACCUACCCUUCCGCCGACGUCCGCAGCCUCUCUCAAACGCUGUCCAUCCCGCAUGCGAUGCACCCCGGCCCGCCACGCCGCUCGUACCUCGAACACUCUGGGGCGCUCAGAAAGUGGCGCGAGGCCGCCGAGGCGGCGCUCGCCGACGAGUGGGCGGCGGCGGCGCCCGAGGGCAGACUCAUGCUUAAGGAGGGCAUGCAGGAGGUCCAAGACCGGCUCGAGUCGGGACAGAUUGUAUACUCGCUCGACUUGCCCAACAUGCACACGAUGCUCACCUGGCUCAGGUACACGCACCCGGAGGCGGGCGAGGACGCGGUCCACCGCCGCACCGCGCGCACCUACGUCUCGCGCAACCAGACCUUCAACUCGCUCGGCGACGUGCGGCACCCGCGGCUCGGGCGGCGCGCACAGGGGCGGUACGGGCUCGAGGGGGACGAGUGGGCGCGCAGGGCGAGGAGGGCGCUCAGGGGGGUCGUUUAG